AUGAUAGAAACACAAACCCGCACCAAAGACGCCACGACUGCGAUCAAGACCGAGAAUGGCUCUGCACCGCCAGCAAAGGUCAAGAAGCCGUAUGUCCGCAUUAUGACCGAUAAGCGAAGGGCACAGAAUCGUACAGCCCAACAAGCAUUUCGGGACCGGCAGAAGAAGCGGCUUGAGGAUCUUGAUGAACGCAUCAAUGCAACCAAGUCGAGCUUCAGUAAGGUCACCGCUGUUAUCACGCCGCCUGACGAUGAUAUGAGAUCUGGGGAAGGUGCGACUGGACUGAGUGAUUCCCCCUAUGGCGCGCCAGGCAGUGACAGACGGAAUGGCACGCCAAGGAAUGCCGACUGUGAUCAAGUCUUCCAACCGAGUGGCGACCUUCCAAUCCCGUAUGGUCUUGAGGGAAUCGUGCCCUCUGUUGCGGCGCUUGCUGCCGCUGAGUCCUCAAUUGCCACCGACCCAUUCAACACACCCGAUUCCAUGUAUGCACCCCCGAAACGAAAACCAAUCGACCGCGAAGAAGAGCGUGAUGAGCCUUACUCGUGGCCUAUGCCCUUCCGACCAGCCUCUGACCCCUACAAUCCACCACCUCCCGAGACUGACACCAUUCUGGCACUCCCCAAAGCCUAUGAGCCCUACCUUUCCGGUGCCCUCUCCACCACAACCCGCGAACACGCCUAUAAGUAUCAACGCCGGGCUAUCGCCUCCACCUCGUCUCCGGCGUCCAGACUCCAGCAAGCCGCAUACAUCACAUCAACCUGGCCCCUAAACAACAUCCUCCCCAGCACCUCCCCAUCCCCGCAAUCUGCGAUCCAAGCCUCCCUCGCCAUCGCAGCCAUGCUCAAAAUCUCCCGCACCGCCUACCUGACCGACGCUCCCAGCAGUCUACCUACCUGCUUUCUGAACUUCAUGGGUCCCGUGCCCCUGGAUCCUUUGUUUUCCGUUACCACCUCGUUCAACGACAUCCCCACCGCAGCCCAAAGCACGACUCGGCCUGUGGCUACCUCCUACGCGCCACCAAACAGGUUCUACAGUCCCGCGCUGAACUCCACGCCAGCGAAAGCAGCAAGCGCAGAACGAGCAAUGCUAGCACACUACAAAGCCGACCCGCUGAUCAGCGCGAAAUUCGACGCGCACGCGACGACCGUCCCCGUAGCGCUGCGACCACGACCAGUGCAGUACCUCCGCGCACACCCGAGCUAUCUCGACUGCAUCAUCUGGCCUGCCUUCCGCGAACGAGCCGUCGAAGCGAGUGUCAAGGGAACGCUCGACCACGUGGAGUUCUUCCUCGAUCUGAUGCACGGCGGCGUGGUGUGCUGGGGUGGGCAGGCAGGAGGACAGGGGUGGAGGGAGGAAGUGCCGUGGAAUACAAGGAGUUGGGAGGCGAAGGGGUGGUUUUUGAGGAAGUGGCGUGGUUGGCCGGGAGUGAGGAGGAGGAGGCAUGUAGUGCUUGGCUCGAAGGUGGCGAGGAGGGUGUAUGGAGGAGUUCAAGGUAUUGGUGGGGAAGGAGGCUCGGUGAUUUUCAGGAUGACGGGCUGGUGGGCGUUGGUAUGGGAGGUGAUGGUGGGCAAGAGCAAACGGAAGAGUAUAGUGCGGAAGCGAGACAAUGGGCCGAGUCGCAAGUGCAGGGUACUGAAGGAUCAUGGGGACAUGAUGAUCUGGAGAGGCAGAGUAAAGAGUGGCUGCCGAUGA